AUGGAUGAUUAUGAAGAUUAUAGAGCAACAAUAGGAAACGAGUUAACCGAUUUAGUAACGGAAAAACAAUUAAUUAAAUUACAUGGACUUUUAAAAAAGAAUACACAUAUUCAUAAUCGAGUACAAGCUUCUUGGAUAAAUAUGAUUCACGAAGCUUUUUAUAUAGAGGAUAUUUUAAAUAAUGAAAACAAUACUAAUCAUUCAUUUAUUAAACAAAGUAAACUACCAGAUCAUGAAUGGUAUAUAUUUUGUCUUAUACGUCUAUGGGGUCUUCGUAUUCUUGUUAUAAAUUUAGGCUGUAUAUCAAUAUUAGUUAUUUGGUCUGAAAUGACAUUUUUCAGUGCAAAACCAGUUUUAUCCGUAUUUGCUCAAUGUGUUAAUGCAGCUCGACGUCAUUAUAAUUAUUUUACAAUUGAAGUAAGAUUAAAUAAAAUAAAAACAAUUUAUUUCUAUUUAAAUUAA